GGCCAGACAUGACGGAUCCCGAAGACCCCCCCAGACCCAGCCCCGGGGGGACGAGCGAGCCCCCCGGGGAGGAGAGCCUACCUCCCGGAGAAACGUUCCCCCUCUCCUCCUUGGCCAACCUCUUUGAAGGAGAAGAUGGUUCUCCCUCGGCAGGAGGGGAGCCGAGCCGCAGCCCGCCCGCCCAGGGGGAUGCCCGGCAGAACCUGCGCAUGAAGUUCCAUGGGGCGUUCCGCAAGGGCAUGCCCAACCCCAUGGACCUGCUGGAGUCCACCAUUUACGAGUCCUCCGUCGUUCCCGGUCCCAAGAAGGCCCCCAUGGACUCCCUCUUUGACUAUGGUACCUAUCGCCACCACCCCAGCGACAACAACAAGUGGCGCAGAAAGAAGAUCAUAGAGUUCUCGGGACACCCCUCUCUCCUGGUCCUACUACUUCUCCUCAAUCUGCUCUGUGAAGGCUGCAUCGUCACCCUGGGUCUUCAUCCAGAUCUGCCUCCUAACUGUGGGCGUCCUCCAGGGUUCUGUCCUGCCCUCUUCUAUUCUCCCUCUGUAUGACUUUCCAUGAGCUCCCAUGGAUUUCAUGCUCAUGCUUCUCAGAUCUUCUUGUCCAGCCCCAACCUCUCUGCUGGCCUCCACUCUUAUAUUUCCAGCUUCCUAUUGGACAACUUGAACUGGGUGUCCCCUAGACAUCUUUAAA